AUGGGCCGGGGGCGUCCUGGAGCCCCGCGCGGCGCCGCCGCCGUGAGUGAUCUACGGCCAGGACCCGGCGGGUGUCUCUACGGGGACCCCGACCCGGGGGCGGGGCCUCGGCUCGGUUUGGGAGUCGGGGGGAAGCUGGGACGUGAGCAGCGUUCGGCGGCGCCGGCGGGAGCGGCCCUUCCUUCUCACCCUGCUCUCGGAGUCCCCUCGGUCCAGGGCACCGGGGGCAGCAGCGCCGUCAGCAAAUGCUCAGCGGCGGCGCGGGGCUACAUCCAGGAUCGGUUCCUGCGGCUCCUGGUGGGGCGGCGGCGGCGGCGAGCCCCGCUUGUCCACCGGGGUUAUUACAUCCGUGCCCGUGCUGUAGAUCACUGUGUUCAAGACUUCCUGCUGAAGACCCAAAGCCACCCUAGGACACAGGUGCAUUUCCCUUGAGUGGGUGUACUGGCAAUUUCCACUGUGUGCCUGACAAGUCUUUCUGGCAUCUUGCCACUGAAGUAGCUUCUUAGUGCAUCUGUUGUGACCCUUUCCGAGAAGAGCACAGACAAUCUGCCUGGCACUACUCUGCCUGGCCUUUGUUGCUUUGACAGGCCUAUCUGGGAGGGAGCAAUACCUACAAAAAAUUCU